AUAUUAUUGUAUCCUUUUGAAUGAACUUCAUUUAUGGAUCUGAUUGUAUGACUUAUGUGAUAUUACUGUUUGUUAUGUGAAAAUAUACCAUUUAAACAUACUGUUGAACUUUAUUUUCCAAUCAUUUUUAUCUGGCUACCCUGUAUGGAAUAAAAUUGAGGUGAUAUAACAUAUAUUUCUAUUGAACAGAUGUAAUUAGAUUUUAAUUUUACUGUAGUUUUAUAGUACAACUGUGCUAUGUUGAUUAAAUACUAUAGGAUAAAUAAAUUGAUUCCAGGUGAUCAGUUACCAGAUUGGACAUCUAUAUAUUUUGUGAAGAUCGCUGAGAAUGAAAUGAAAUGCAACUUAUGUGAUGUUACUUUAAAAGAAGAUGAAAAAUCUAUGGAACUUCUUGAACAUUUAAAAAAUGAUCAUAAAGAUAUCUAUGAUCUGCAUAAGGAUAAUCCAGAAGCUACUGUGGGUUUUCGUAUAGAAUUCUUGAAUUUGAACAUGUUGAAGGAUGAUGGCGACCCUAAAACUCAGCCAGUACUUCUGGGAGAGGUAUGUGAGACCACAACAGACCAUAUUCUUGAAAAAGAAGAGGAUGCAGAGGGAAUUGUUGAUAAGCCUGUAGAAGGUAACAUGCAUUAUGUACUGCUAGAAGGCAAGAAGAAAGCCCGGAGAGAGAGUGCUGCACCACGCAAACGGAGUUGGGUAUGGAAGUACUUUGACAAGCUGAGCAACAUUAUCUACCGCUGCCGGUUGUGCAGUGUAGUCCUGUCUAUCAAAGGCUGCAACUCCAACAACAUGAACCGUCAUGUCCGCUCCAGACAUCCUACAGUCUUCAAGAGUGAAGUCACAAAGAGAGACAGGGUGGAAAAUAUGCACGUGAUCACCAGUGUCACCGACACACCAUAUGCUAUUAAGACAGAGGAGAUCUAUGCGAGUGAUCGGGACUAUGAGGAGGUUACAGACAGUCCAACUCAGAAGAUGCGUCGCAGCUGGAUCUGGUCGUACUUCGAGCGCGUGUCCAGUACGCAUGCGCAGUGCAAGCUGUGCAAGCGCCACAUCUGUCAUGGCGGCAACGCUACCGGCAACAUGAACCGUCACCUUAAGAUGAUACACCAUAAAACUGCCUGUAUGUACGACCAAAGCUGGGUUUGGAAGGUGUUCGAAACAUGUGAGAGCGACUUCUACAGCUGCAAGAUAUGCCAGUACAAGUGUAUGAAAGGGACAGACAUAGAGAAGAGCAUGACUAGCAUACUCAAUCACUUGAAGUUGGAGCACGGAGUGGUGUCCGGUGAUCAGAUAAUCACCGGCACUGAUGUGGAAACUGAGGUUAAUUGUUAAUAGUGUAUAAAUAAUUAGGGAUUAGUAUUGGGUAUAACUUUUUGGCUUUUAUCUGCAGUUUAAAAUUAUAAGUUUGUUUUAUGGCCGAUUUUUCAAUCAUCAGAUAACUUCUAUCUGAGGAAUAAAU